AUCCGACGACUAAUUUAUUUUAUUCGUCCGUUUACCAGACGACUAGCAACAUUCACCAGGUUUAGCACUCCUAAAUUCAUACCCGAUGCAAACACGAAAUACAUCCUCUCCUGGGACCAUCAGUACCUUACUCCAGAUGUGACCGACAGCUUCCAGAAGUUUAAUUGUCCAGUGAGGAAUUGUUUUUUCACUACAAAUAAAGAACUGUUGAACAACCUUAGUGCGUUUGACGCGAUCAUUUUCGAUGAGAACAUUCUGACGUCCGAUAACAGACCGAGAGAGCGGAGCCCGCACCAGAUGUUUGUGUUCAUGUCGAACGAAUCGUCCGACAAGUUCCCGGCGUGCGAGUUAUACAACGAUGAUUACUUCAACUGGACGUUCACGUAUCGGUUCGAUUCCGAUAUAUUAUGGAGACCUUUCCUGGUGCGCGACCUCACCGGCGACAUCGUUGCACCCUCUACGCAGGUGGUUUGGACAAUGUACUCCGCUCCGCUCAGAUCUGACAUAAAAUCUAUGCUGCGAUGUAAAAUGAGAGCAGUUGUGUGGAUUGUGAACGACUGCAGUUUUGCGGGCUUUGAGUAUCUGCUGAGGUUGGAAAAACAUCUGGACCACUUCAAUCUGAAACUAUACAAACACAGGAAUUUUAAAAUGAACAUUAACUAUAGCGAUAUUUUGGCUCAAAAUUACCAGUUUGUGCUGGGGUUUGAAAACUCAAUAGUCGAAGACUAUGUGUCAAGGAAGGUCAUGGAAGGUUACAAAAACUACGCCGUUCCUGUUGUCUACGGUGGGGCCAAUUAUAUCAGGUUCCUUCCUCCGGGCUCCUAUAUCAAUGCGCGCGAAACGCAUCCCUACAACCUAGCACAAGCCAUUUACGAGGCAACGAGGAGUCAGGAGGCAUACGAAAGUUACUUCAAAUGGAGGAACUAUUAUUCAAUAGAAGAAAAUCACUCCUCCCUGUGCGACCUGUGUGCCGCGUUGUACGGCGACAAAGCCAAGUAUGCUCCUGCUAAGAAAACAUUCAGGGUAUGGUGGAACUCUCCUAGCAAUAUGCAUCGAUGUCUUCCUACAGAUUACUCGGAUAUUGAAAAAAAAUGGUAACUUCACUAUUCACAAUCCUUAGAAGUAUAUCUAUUCCAAAACUUUUAGAUUAACACUUUAACUAAUUUUAUUGAAUUAUUUUAUUUACGAGUUUAUAAAAGUUUAUUUGCUAAAUCUGUAUUAAUAGCUCUCACUCAUGUGCAGGU